GAUCGAGCGCAUCGGUCGCGGUCGUCGGCUUUCUUUUUUGUUUAGAUUUUUUUUUGCUGCUCACCACGCGCAUGGUGUCCCCUGUUUCACCUUGCCCACCCAAAAUCGCGCUUUGAUCGAAGAACAGGGCGGAAAAUUGUCGAGGCGAUCUAUAGGUAGAUCGAUCGAUCAUGGCAGUAGCCAGCGGCAGCGUUGCAUUCCAAUCGGGAUACAUCAAGAGCGCGAGAGGGGUGAAGCUCUUCACUUGUAGCUGGCUUCCUGCCAACCAGGAAGUGAAAGCUCUCGUUUUCCUCUGCCAUGGCUAUGGAGUCGAGUGUAGCAUCUUCAUGCGAGGCACGGGGACGAGAUUGGCACAGGCAGGCUACGCGGUCUUUGGGAUCGACUAUGAAGGCCACGGCAAAUCGGAGGGAGCUGUGUGCCUUGUGGAGAGAUUCUCGGACGUGGUGGACGAUUGCAGCUCCUACUUUCGAUCCAUUCGAGGUAACUAUAACGCUCUUGGAUCGAUUUCUCAUGAUCGAACGCCUGUAGAGAUGCCCGAUUACAAGAACAAGGCGAGGUUUCUGUAUGGCGAAUCCAUGGGUGGAGCGGUGGCGCUCUUGAUCCACAGGAAGGAGCCAAUGGAUUGGAACGGAGCCGUUCUUGUCGCUCCGAUGUGCAAGAUCUCCGAGAAACUCAAGCCACACCCAGUGAUCGUGAGCAUCCUCACGCGACUGUCUCCACUGAUCAAGUCGUGGAAGAUUGUUCCCAGCAAAAACAUCAUUGACCACGCCUUCAAGGACCCCAUCAAGAGAGACGAGAUAAGAGCAAAUCCGUACGUAUACCAAGACAAGCCGCGGGUCCAGACGGCGCUACAGAUGAUGGUGGCGAGCACAGACCUGGAACAGAGAUUGGACGAGGUCACAUUUCCAUUCCUCGUCGUUCAUGGGAAAGAAGACACGGUCACGGACCCCGCGUGUAGCGUGGAGCUACACAAGCGCGCGCGGAGCACUGACAAGACGCUCAAUCUCUACCCGGAGAUGUGGCAUGGCCUCACCGUGGGUGAAUCCGACGAGAACAUCGAGCGCGUCUUCGCGGACAUCGUGGCGUGGUUGAAUCUUCGCAGCCCGGCCGGGGCGUUGACCGCCAAGACCUUACAGCAAUCCGACCUCAAGAUGGUCAUCGACGACCACAAGUUGACCGCGUCCAAUGGUGUUUGUAAUAAUAACCAUUCUUUCAAUUAACAGAAAACUCCACUUGACUA